AUGUUUGAAAAACUGAAACGAAAAAAAAAUCUUGUAAUAGCAGCAUGUCUAUUUUUAAUUUUCAUCGUUGGAUUAUUUCCUUCUGAUAAUAAUAUUUCAAACAAUAAUACCAACUAUUUUAUUGAUACUAACGCAAUAUUUGAUGCCCUAAUACAAGCAAGAAGUCUUGAAGCUGAACUUGAGCAAAGAUAUCAAUUAACUGCUAUUAUACUUCAUUGGAAACGUUUAUCGCGUGCACAACUAACAGUCCAAUACUAUCUUAAUACAGAUUUUUUCAAAGAAAUUAUUGUUUGGAAUAAUAAUCCACAAAUCAAUCUUACUGUUAAUGAAUUUCUAACAAAUAAUCAAUCACACAACUUGGUUCGUAUCAUUAAUUCUAAAGAGAACUUGAAAGAUGAAGCAAAAUAUCGCGCAUGUACUGAAGCUAAAACACAUGUUUGUUUUUAUGCUGAUGAUGAUUGGGAUGUAUUUCAUUAUAUGAAUACACUGAUUGCUAGUUUUCGAUCAGAUCCAAAUCUUUUACAUUCAGCAACAAAUGUAGUCACAUAUUAUAACAAUAUGCUAUGGACAUUUAUGGAUUCUCGAAUUGAUUUACACACAGGAUUUUCGUGGAUCGGAUGUGGAAGUGUAUUUUUACGUGAACAUGCUCAACGACAUCUUCAAUUACUUACAAUGAAUUUAAAAACUAAUCAAGAGUUAUUUGCAUUCAGUGAUUUAUUUUUUUCCAUUUGGCUCAAUGAUAUUCCAUCACAAAUGGUAGUAAAUCUUCGUGCGUUACCAACCAAUGUUAAUGAGACUGACAUACCAUUUUCAUCUACAAAUAGUUUUUAUGAUUUCCAACAUACAAGUUCAGUUCUUGCGAUCCGUAAACUUGAAUAUUCACUACGUUUAAAUCAAUCAAAGAGGUCUAUUAGUUUUCCUCGGCAACAGUAUCGUCGAUUUCCAUAUUGUGUUAAAUCACCUAGUUCAAAAGAUGACUUUAUAUUCUACAGUAAUAUUUUACCUGUUGAUAUUGAACAUAUUCCAUUUGAUAUUACACGAGAUGCAGAGAGAGGAACAUAUCGAAAUGUUCCUGGUGGUCCAAAUUACACGCAUUUUGUCGAUUAUAAUACAUUGAAGGCAGUAGAUAAUGAUGAAACAACAUGUUGGCGUCCACUAGGAUUGGUGAAGAAAGGCGACUUUUUUGCUAUUGACUUUUUACGCAUACAAACUGAUAUUAUAUUUUCACUGACUAUUGGACAUAGUGAGAAAGUACAAAAUAGUCUUAAGAUGCGAAUAUCAUUUGACGGUAUGUGGUGGUUAUCACAUGAAUCGCUCAAAGGCAUCACAACUGACAUCAAUCGAAAGCCCAUUGCAAAAUUUAAACGAUUAGUUAUUGAUUCAAGACAAUUUCCUCCAGAAUUGCAAUCAUUUCGUUAUGUUGCAUUCAAUGCAACGCAUGCUUUGGAUGAGGCAUUUCAAGUAUGUGAUGUCCAAAGAAUAAAAAGUUCUACGAUCAAUACCAAAUGA